GGGAAUUUAAGCUGAAAUGCAGGCAUCAGUGUUUACAGCGUGGCAUGGCACCCUGAGAGGAAAUAGGGGUGAAUCCCCUGGCUUUGGUGUGUUUUCCCCAGGUGGUGGUGCUGACGGGGCAUUUGGUAACAACUGUCAAAGUAGCUAAUUGUGUUCAUCUGGCCGUGACACAAUGGUGGAAGUGGUUCAGUGUCAUGCAUGUCUAGGGAGUGAGUCCUAAGGAUUUGUCUUAACGGGAAAUGUUUGAAAGCUAACGAGAUACGUUGCCUUUAUAAACCACACAGAGGAUCUGCAUCAGUUAGCUAAAUAAUUUCUAAGUAGCUGUUUCAGCUAUUACCUUUUUUGUUUAUCCAGAGAAAGUUCACUAACCAUUCUGGUUCUGAAUUCCCCACAGAAUUGCCCUAAAAAGGAGCUGAAUGUAGAUCUUUUUGCAUCGGCAUUUUUCCAAAGUCAAGGCAGCUCUCUGCACAUCUGGGAACGUCCUUUGAAUGUUGUUUAGCACUUUCUGAAAUGGAGAUAAGGAUGCUUUGCGUAUGGUUUUAUUAGGCCUGAGUAAAAGCUGGUAAAGCAGUUUGAUAACUGCAUGAGGGGAAGGUGCGAGGUGUCACCACAAAUGCUGAACUUUCACACAUGGCUUGACUAUGACUAUUGUGCCAUGUGACCCGGGUUUGCAGGAAGAGUGUCUUAAAGUAUAAGCGAACUGGCAUUUUUCUGCCUGUGUAUCUAAUUCACGUUUCUGUCACCAGUAGGUGGCUUUUUGCCUGUUGGAAUGCAUCGUGACUUGCUCAGGCCCCAGCAUGGGAGCACAGCAUUUGGUUUGAAACUGCCUCAAAAAGUCUUAGGCCUAACUGCAGUACUUUAAUCUCCUGGACUACCAGAAGCACAGUGAAUACUGAGAAGAUAGUAACGCUCAUUUUCAUAAGUUGUCCUCAACAACCAAAUUAUCUUAUCCAACAAAUUAUAAUGUCUGUAUAUACUGAAUGUAGCAUCCACCAUAUAACUCUGCUCAUGUGCCCAGAUGCUUGCUGUAGUGGCUCCUGGUUUAAAGAAGCAACGGAAGAGUCUGUGCCUUGCCAAAAGGCUCGGAACCCAUAUGACAAUGGGUAUUGUGUAGCCAUAAUGUGAUAACAGAAAUUGGUGCAUCUCUGGACAAAGGCUAUAUCUGCAUUAAAGAAAGAAUCAGGAGGGUGUCAUUCUUUGGUUUGGUUCUCAGUUAAAAGCCUGCAGGGCACUGACACUGCUGUCUACCUGUGACUUCCUGGGAUUACCAAGGAUUAUCAAGGGAUUACCAAGGUCUUCCAGAGUGUUCACUGUAGCUGUUUCGUAGCCAUACUACAAAUAAGAGACCAAUUUUGCAAGUGGCACAGGAAAGGCUAAGUCUCCUUUGCAUCUCUGGGUUGGAUUCCUCAUGUAUGAGAAGGUUUGUCAUGGAACAGAGGGGUCAAGGUGUAGCCUAGCCAACCCCGAAGUCACAUGGAGAGUCUUGACAGGGCCUUCUCCAACAAUUACAUGAUGGGCCUUAGGUCGAGGGUGGAUACAGGCAAAGAAUGGUUUUACAUAAAUAUCAACGUCCUAUUCAUAUGAAUCCAUGUUCUUCUUCACUUGCCAUUUAGCCAUAUUCAGCCAGCAGCAGGUGAAGUAUCAUAUGGAUGCUGUAUUAGAAUGAUAACAUAUUGACAGGUUUGUGAGUGUUUUUUGAGCGCAGUCGGUGUCAGUUGUGAUAAAUUGGGGCUCCUGACAUGCUAUAGAUAAGGAACUGUUCCCUGCUGAGGCCUCCUGGCCUUUUUAUCUCUGAGUUUUUAUUGCUGCUUCCUGCACCUCCUUUUCUGUGGGUUUGAGGUUACUGGAACAUUUUAAUAGGAAAAAGUACUAAUGUGUUUGUGCUCAGUGUAGUGCAGAAUGUCUUCUCACUACCGCAACUUCCGGAACAGCGUGCCAUGGCUGAUCCUUCUGCUGGAAGCUCUUUUUAUUGUCCUUUUUUACUUUUUGUUCUUGGAUUAUAGUAAUUUCCCAUUAAACGACUUCUACACAGGUUUAAAAAAUGUCAACUACGUGGUGAUUUUUGGAUUUGGCUUUUUCCUGAUGUUUCUGAGAAGAUAUGGGUUUAGCAGCAAUGGAUUCAACCUCCUGACCAUAGCACUUGGUGUCCAGUGCUCAGUGCUGGUAGAAGGUUUUAUUGAUUUCCUUUUUCAAAGGGAAAACGAAGAUGUUCUGCCAAGGCUAACAAAGGCUGCUGUGAGUAUGACUGCUGUGGUCAUCUCCACUGGAGCUGUUCUUGGGAAGACUAAUCCCAUGCAGUUAAUUGUGAUGACAGUUGUGGAGAUAAUAUUUUUCAGUGUGAGCAGAUGGAUGAACAUCAUAUUCCUUGAGGUUCCACACAAUGCCAGCAUGACGCACGUUCACCUGUUUGGAGCCUACUUUGGUCUGGCAGUCUCCUCGCGCUUCUCUGAGCCGUGGCCGAGGUCGGAGAAGAACACAAGUACCCCGAAGCUGGAUUUGAUGUCCAUGUUGGGUACUCUCUUUCUCUGGGUAUUCUUGCCAAGCUUCAAUUCUGUACUGGUUAUGGACAGCAAGAGCAGAGCAAUCUACAACACCUACUUUGCCCUUGCAGCCAGUGCUGUCACUGCCUUCGUGUUGUCUGUUCUGACCACAAAGGACGGAAGGUUCAGAAUGACUCACAUCCACAGUGCAGUACUAGCUGGUGGGGUCGCUGUUGGUUAUGCAGCAGAAAGUAUCACGUAUCCUUGGAUUGCAAUGAUCUUGGGUCUGCUUGCCAGUGUGAUAGCCAUAUUAGGCUCUUACUGUUUACAGAGAUGCUUGAAUCCUGUUCUCAAGAUUCAUGAUACCUCUGGAGUUCAUUUCACUUUUGGCUUGCCUGCUGUGCUUGGAGCUCUUGCCCAGGUUGUUCUCUUAGUGAUAACAUACUGGUCCACUUCACCAAGUCUGGGUUAUUCUGUCUUGACUCACGUUGGUGCCUUCUGCCUGACCAUCAGUGUUGCCUUGAUAACAGGUUUUAUUACAGGUUUAAUCUUAAACCUCAAACCAUUUAAGAUCGUCCCCGUAUCAAAGUACUUUGAAGACCAGUUUUACUGGGAGUUUCCCCAUUUGGCUGUUGGAUUUUGAACGGAGGAGCCCAGAUGACAGACUUGACCAAGAUAAUAAUUUCCUAUUUCUUACUAGAGCCUAAUGAAAGAGCCCCUAAGUAUCGAC